UCCCGUUUUCCACAAGAACUGGAGGCGGCGUUUGCAGCUAUGAAUGUUGCACAGCGCUGGCGGAGCUGCGGAGGGAUGGGUUUUGCAAUGAAAUUCCUGGUCUGUGCGGUGUUUCUAGCAGCGAUAACACCAGUCCAGGCUGCAGACCGUAAAUCCAUACCUUCAGAGAACUUGCUGGUUAUAACAGCAGCUACGAGGGAGACAGAUGGGUUCAAGCGCUUCAUGAGAACAGCCAGGCAGUUUAACUACACAGUCAAGGUCCUGGGCCUGGGGGAGGACUGGAAGGGGGGGGACGUGGCCCGCACUGUGGGAGGCGGUCAGAAGGUGAGGUGGCUGAAGGAGGAGAUGGAGCAGCACGCUGACAGGGACGAGCUAGUGGUGAUGUUCGUUGACAGCUAUGACGUGAUCUUUGCCAGCGGCCCUCGAGAGCUGCUGUUGAAGUUUCAGCGUUUCAAUCACAGGGUGGUUUUCUCGGCUGAAGGGUUCUGCUGGCCGGACCAGAAGCUAGCGUCCAAGUACCCCCCUGUGUACAACGGCAAGCGCUACCUCAACUCCGGAGGGUUCAUUGGCUAUGCGACUGACCUAAGCCAGCUGGUUCGUUCAUGGUCACUCCGUGAUGACGACGAUGACCAGCUGUUCUACACCAACAUCUACCUGGACAAGGUCCAGCGGGAAAAAUUCAACAUGACACUAGACCACAGAUCAAAGAUAUUUCAGAAUCUCAACGGCGCUGUCGAGGAAGUGGUGCUGAAGUUCGAGAAGGGGCGUGUCCGAGCCAGAAACGUGGCCUAUGACACGCUUCCUGUCGUCGUCCAUGGAAACGGGCCCACGAAGCUCCAGCUGAACUACCUGGGGAACUACGUACCGACCGCCUGGACUCACGAGGGGGGCUGCGAGAUCUGCAACACUGACCUGCUGGAUCUCACACAGCUCCAGGACGAGGAGCUGCCGCAGGUUUUGAUCGCCGUGUUCGUCGAGCAGCCCACACCCUUCUUCCCAGAGUUCCUGGAGAGGCUGGUAACCAUGGACUACCCGAGCAACAAGAUCAGCCUGUUCAUCCACAACAACGAAGUGUAUCACGAGAAGCACGUUCAGGCCUUCUGGGUAAAACACAAGGACAAGUUUCACAAAACCAAGCUCGUCGGACCGGAGGAGAAUCUGAAGCACGGCGAGGCCAGGAACAUGGGCAUGGACUCCUGCCGUCGGGACCCGCGCUGUGAUUACUACCUCAGCAUUGACGCAGACGUGGCGCUGGUCAACCCAGAGACCCUGAAGAUCCUGAUCGAAGAGAACAAGUCUGUGAUCGCUCCCAUGAUGUCUCGUUCCGGCAAGCUCUGGUCUAAUUUCUGGGGUGCGCUCAGCCCGGAGGGGUACUACUCCCGCUCGGAGGAUUACAUCGACGUGGUGCAGGGCAAGAGAGUGGGCGUGUGGAACGUGCCCUACAUCACGCAGGUGUACCUGGUGAAGGGGCAGACCCUGCGCAGCGAGCUGGCUCGGAGAGACAUGUUCACCCAGGAGGGCAUGGACCCCGACAUGGUGUUCUGCAGGAACGUGCGGGAGCAGGGAGUGUUCAUGUUCCUCACCAACAGGGAUGAGUUUGGCAGGCUGAUCUCCACCGCCAAUUACAACACCAGCCGUCUCCAUAGCGACAUGUGGCAGAUCUUCGAGAACCCGGUGGAUUGGAAGGAGAAAUACAUCCAUGAAAACUAUUCAAAAAUAUUCGAGGAAGACGGUACAGUGGACCAGGUAAGACAGGAUGGGUUUCAGAAACAAUGAUUCCCACAGUGAAAGCAUAGGGAAGCGUUGCAAAGCACUGAUAGGUUUCUAAGCCAGGGAUCGCAGGGGUCCCAGAGGGACGAGCGUUUAUCAGGGGGUUACGAGAACGUUCCCACCGUCGAUAUCCACAUGAACCAGAUCGGCUUCGAGGAGGAGUGGCUGAAAUUCCUGAAGGACUAUAUCGUUCCCGUCACGGAGAAGCUCUACCCAGGCUACUAUCCCAAGGCCCAGGCUGUAAUGAACUUUGUGGUUCGGUACCGACCAAACGAACAGCCUUCUCUGCGCCCUCACCACGAUUCAUCCACGUUCACCAUCAACGUGGCUCUCAACAGCAAAGGACAGGACUUCCAGGGGGGCGGCUGUCGAUUCCUUCGCUACAACUGCAGCGUCGAAGCCCCCCGGAAAGGGUGGUCUUUCAUGCACCCCGGCCGCCUGACGCAUUACCACGAGGGCCUGCCCACCACGCAGGGCACCAGAUACAUCAUGGUCUCCUUCGUGGACCCCUAGUCUCGAGAGGGAGACCUGGGUUUGUGUUGUACAGGUGGAUAGGAAACUGUCGCCAUUUUAGCUCCAGCGCGGUUAAGAUGGCGGAUCGAGUUGGAGAGCAGAUUGAGCCAAAAUGGGCGACACCGGGCUACAGUUUCCUCACCUAACCCUUGGUUUCUUAUGCAGGUUUAUCAGAGGCAAUUUCUAAUGAAAAACUCACUUAGUUUUGAGGUUGCUCUAUCACACAACAGAACCGCUCCGAGGAGCGACUGAAGCAGAACAUUUCAAAAGCACUCCUUUUUAGAAAUAGAUUAGAAAUACUGACUAGGUAAAGCUUUUUGUAUUAUUAUUAUUAUAAUUAUUAUUAUUGGCAGACCAAAAAAACUAUCCUUUAUCAUAUUGAAGCGACAUCUUUAUGUGCGUUUCAUUAUCUAUUUGUAUUGUUUUUAAUUUUCUUUUUUAGAAUUUUUAUUUAAAAUCGCAAGGGAAAGCUGGCAUUAGUUGUUAUGAGAUAGAAAGAGACAGCAACACACUCUUGAUUGAUUGAUUGAUUGAUUGAUUGAUUGACAGAGUGUUCAGUAGAGCCAAUGCCAGCCUGUUGAAAAUUGCAUGUAGGUUUUGUUUUUGAUUCUUUUGGAUAAAGUCUUUUUCUGAAGCGGUUUCCCUGGGUCAGUUCCGAAGUGAUUCUGAGAGCGCAGAGUGACCGAGCAAAUCCACACACGAGGCGAUCGGGUGAGAACAGCAAGCGAGGCCACACGGGAAACUGACGACUUUUAUCCAAAAAAAAAAAAAUAGAAAACAUUUUGUAAGGUUUGGAA